AUGAGCAUACUCUAUCGCCAAGUUUCGGGAAACCGGCGGAGAGGGUGGUCGCUGUUCGCUGGUGGAUGGUGCUCCCUCAUCAACUUGGUUCCGCCACACCACGUGGGUUUUCCGUCCAAAUUAUUUCACGCGACACUGCUCCUUCAGGCUUCCACCGUCGUCGCGUCGGACGAGCUUAGCGAGGCCUCUCUCCCCACGACCGCCAUGACCGACACGCCCCACGACAUCUCAGAGCAUCCCCCGCCACAGCGCACCCGCGACCUCUCGUUCUACGUUGUCUUCUUCUGCGCUGUCCUCCCACUCUGGUCCGCCGUCCCCCUCGCCUGGCUCUUUGCAGGCUACGGGCUUUGGUUGGGUAGAUAUCACUCGUAUGGGGUCAUGGGGAGAGCUUUGUUUUUUGUCGCGUGCUGCGAGGUCGUGUUCAGCCUGUAUCACCUUUAUCUAGCCCGCCGCGUAUCUGGUCCAUGUCCUAUCGGUCCAGGGGAUCCUGAAGAGAUCCAGGUCGCAUAUGCGCGCUUAUUGAAAACUGGUUUGUCUAAUCUACCUGCAGACGGGGACGACAUCGAGACCCUCGUCACCGACCGACCUGGCAGCCCAGCAGAAACCAUCCAGCAACUCGAACGGCACGAUCCCCGUGCCAUCGACUUCCGGCACUCCAUCCGAACAUGGUUCUGCAAGGCCCCCUGGUCGUCCAUCCGUACUCAUGAAAUGAAGAAAUGGCUCUACUGGGCAAUGUAUAAUGCGGAUUUGCCACCUCAAGAACGUAUACCCACACCUCACGCUAACGCCAUCGAUAACGCCCUCACUCUGCUUCAAAAGCGACUCGGUUGUAAAAUAGAAGAAGGCUCUAAUCCUGAUAUCUCGCCAAUGCGCUUGACGAUAGACAACACUAAUAUUCUUUGGCGGCCCCUGACUUUCUAUGCUUUCGUUGGGUCCGUCAACUGGCUCUUGAGGAAGCUGUACAACACCUGGUGGGACGUGGAGCAUGGAUACUACAACGGCAUAGAAUAUCUUUUACGAAUGCCGCGCGAAUGGGACCCCGCCACUUCUCCGCGACCUGUCGUCUUCCUUCACGGCCUCGGUCUUGGGCUCCUACAAUACCACAGCGUCGUCUCCCACCUCCUAGACGAAUUCUCUGACCGCCCAGUUCUGGUUCCUCUCCAACCACAAAUAAGCCAAGACUUGUUCCACCCUCACUUCCUCAAGCCACUCAGUCGAACUCAAAUGGCUGAACGUUUGGCCGGUCUCAUUCAGGAACUCGGGUGGGCCACUCCGUCUAAUGAAAGUGAUAUGGAAACGGAAGAAGACGAGGUUGCAUCCACACUCAUGGAGAAACCGCAGAGAGGUGUCACUGUCGUCAGCCAUUCCAAUGGCUCAUACGUCCAUGCAUGGAUGCUGAAAGGUUAUUCGGAGAUCAUCGCUCGUUCGUGUUUUGUUGACCCAGUGACCUUCUGCUCAUGGGAAGGAGACGUUUGCUACAAUUUCUUCUAUCGGCCUUGCAUGACAGGCAUGGAGUUGAUCAUACGGUACUUCGUUGGUACUGAGAUCGGUGUCGCAAACCUCCUGCAGCGACACUUCUGCUGGACCUCCAACUCCUUGUGGUUCGAAGAAAUCCCCAGUGCCCGCGACCCCUCCAAGACCUUGUUCCUUCUCGGCGGCAAGGACGACAUCAUCCAUGCCGAGCGGGUCAAACAGUAUCUAACGUCCCAUGGAGUCCGCAAAGGCCUCUGGUACGAUCCAGAAGGGAGACACGGGCAAGCGCUUAUGAGAGGAGGCAAAGGCCUCCAACAAGUCCUUCAUUGGCUGACGGAACACGAGCAUUGA